AUGGAUAUCCAUGGUGGAUCUGGUAGGCUUGUGGGGAACAAGAAGGACUACUCAAUACUCUUUUUCUUGAGGAAGGUAUUGAGGGAGGUGCUGUUAGAAGACCGUAGCUUUCACAAGUUAUUGGUGACUGCAGUGCAUGCAGUGUUUCUAGAGUUCGGUUUCAUCCAAUUCGAUUCAUUUUCGGGUGCCCAAGUCAAUCGCUUUCAUCUCUUAGACAAGUGGCCAACGACACCUUUCACGUUGUCGUUUACCUACACUAUGCCCGAAAUUCUGAAAAAUCGGAGUAACUGUGCCUACGUUUUCGGGUCUUUAAUUGGAAUAGAUGGCAUCCUAAUAAGAUUUCAGAAGGUGCGUAACUGUGUCUACGUUUUCGGGUCUUUAAUUGGAAGCGGGUCGGGUUCUUACUGGGAUGAGAUUGUGCUGCCGUUGGCGAUCGAUCUUUAUGCGAACGCUUGUGUGCCGGCUCCGCCGAGGUUCAUGCAGCUUCCGUCGGAGCUUCAAAUGAAGAUUUUGAGGUUGUUGCCCGGUGUGGAUAUUGCCUUGGUGAGUUGUGUGUGUAAGGAAUUGAGGGAUCUUGCUAACGAUGAAGAACUGUGGAAGCAGAAGGUUUUUGAUGAGUUUACUGCUGAGUUUCUUCUGAUCAAACCUAAAGCAAUAUCAGUUUUCAAUAAUGCAUGGUGA